GAGGCUAAAUCACAUGCUCGAAGGAAGAAAAUGAUUCGUAUUAUCAAUAAACUCAAGGCGGUGCAAAGGAGAAGAUCUAAGAGCAAUUGCCGGAAAAUGAACUCAGGCAAGGCGAAAAAAGCCACUUCUCUGACUACAUCUAGCACAUCGGCUUCAUCGUGCGUGUCAAUUGACUAUUCUGCCCUCAGCGACAUCUCAAGUCGUGAGGCUGCUGAUAAAGGAGUAGUAAAGGAGAGAGCAGAGUGUGUUACGAGGAAGAUGAAGGUAUUUCCGAGUGUUCCGAGGAAGAAGAAGGUGAUUUGCUCACCUCAUAUGAGGAGACGAGCAGAAGCUAUAUUGAAGGUGUUAUCGUGUCAUGGUUGUGCUUCUGAAGUGAGGAUUCGUCAACUGCUUGGUGAUAGCCCUGAUACCAGCAAAGCCUUGAGAAUGUUAAUCUCUCUCUCUUUCUCACACACACACAGCACAGAACAUAUAUAGUGUGGUAAAAUCAUGAAUGCUCAGGGUACAACUGCAUGAUGUUUGUGAUAUUCUAAUUUUUGAAGUGUUCUCUCUGGUUAUAUUUCAUACUCCUAUUUGAGAAUGUCAGUGUGUCUCUCUAACACACACACACACACACACACAGAGAACUCAUUCAUAGGGUUCGUUUGGUUGGUGGGACGGGAUAGAUAAGAAUAUCCCAUGGG